AUGCCUUCUUUCGGCGACUUUGUCAGGACACAAUUUCUCCUCAAGAUUCCCAAUCCAAUCGUCUCGUUUGCGUCCAAAACGGUCAUUGUCACCGGAGCAAACGGAGGGUUGGGAAAGGAGGCGGCCAAGCAUAUUGUCCGCCUGGGGGCCAGCACGGUCAUCCUAGGUUGCCGAAGCCUGUCCAAGGGAAACGCCGCUAAGCACGAGAUUGAAACCGUUUCGGGGUGCGGUCCCAGCGUCCUCCAAGUUUGGGAACUCGACAUCGAAUCCCCAAAGUCCAUCCAGCAAUUUGUGGACCGGGCCAACGCGCUGCCCCGGCUGGACGUCCUGAUCAACAAUGCCGGCAUUCAGAGUCAGAAGUUCUCUGUCGUCUAUGGCACGGAACGCACGCUGGCGGUAAACGUCAUCGGAACCUUCCUACUUGCGCUGCAGCUUCUCCCCAAGCUCCGCGAAACAGCCCGCAACUACCGGACGACGCCGCACAUGACCUUCGUCGGGUCUGCCAUGUACGACGUCGCCAAGUGGCCCGACCAGCAUGGCGACAACAUCUUUGCCUGGUUCGAGGACAAGACGCAUUUCUCCGCUAUAAAUCAAUACAGCCUCUCGAAACUCCUCCAGCUAUAUGCGGUGAUCCAGCUGAGCGCCAUCAUCGACCCUUCCGGUACUCCAACCGCCGACAGUCCUAGCCCCGUCGUCAUCAACUCGCUCGACCCGUGCUUCUGCAAAACGGGGCUGCCGGGCGAGCUUCCGGUGACAAUGAGGGUCGCACUCCGCAUCUUUGAGCUCACGGCUCGCUCGGCCGAGGAAGGCGCCCGUCUCGUGGUGCAGACUGCUGCGGCGGGACGCGAGACCCACGGCCUGUAUAUGCGGGCAGGCAAAGUGCGAGAGUAUGACCCGAUUGCGCGGGACGUGGAGAAGGCCGUGUACGUGUGGGAGCUGCUUUGCAAGAAGUUGGAAGGUUUGCAGCCGGGGAUUCUGCAAAAUCUGCGAGAGACGGAAUAG